UUCCCAGCUCCGCGCCUCCCAGGCCGCUGCCUUCUCCCCCCCUCUCAUCCCAAAUAUCCAAAAUAAAACCGUGGGCAGCGAACUCCUGACCUUCCCUUCCCCGCCGAUGGAGCCGCAGCGGGACCGCUGGUCUGUUACCUACGGGAGAGAGGGAGGGAAGCAGGGAGAGGGAGGGAGGGAGAGAGGGAGGAGGGAGGGAGAGAGGGAAGAGGCAGGCGGGGAGUUCAGGUUACCGCAUCGCCGCCUUCCUUCGCUCCUGGCUCGGGAGACACCGCCGGCGAUGGACCCCUCGCUCGGGAUGGGGCACCGGGGGACACCUCACCGGCUGUAGCCGGCGAUCCCGGUGGGAGGAGGAGCCCAUCGCCCUCCCGCUGCACGGCCAGAGCCCGGGGGAUGCGCUGCAGGAGCCCGAGCUGACCCAGCUUCAAAGAUGUGACUCAUGGCACCUCCAGCACAAAGAUCAGGAGCAGUUUCUGGGUUGAUGCAAGAGCCCCACAGGACACGAGGAAGAUGAGGAUGGGAGGAACCUGGCUGGGUCUGCCCCUGGGACACCUGCUGGCUCUGGGACACAGGCACAAAUGGAGAACCAUGAUGGAUUUCAGAAAGUUCAGGCUGUUUUUUUGCCUCCUCGGGCUCAGCUGUGGCAGCUUCUGGUUUUUUUACAACUGGACCGAGUUCUGCGUGUUCUGUGAGAACAGCCAAGGUUACCUGUUCCCCACAGAGCCUUUCAGGAGGAUAGAAGGAAACUUCUCCCAGCUCCCAGACAUCGACUGCCACAAGAACCCUCCUUUCCUCGUCCUGCUUGUGGCAUCCUCGUGCCAGCACCUGGAUGCCAGGAUGGCCAUCCGGCAGACCUGGGGCAAGGAGAGGACGGUCGCCGGGAAGCGCCUGGUGACGUAUUUCCUCCUGGGAAGCACCGUGGAUCCCAGCCAGCAGGCUGACAUCGCUGCUGAGGGCCAACAGUACAGAGACAUCAUCCAAAAGAACUUCACAGACACUUACUACAACCUGACUUUGAAGACCAUGAUGGGAAUGGAGUGGGUUCACAGGUUUUGUUCCCAGUCCAGUUUCGUGAUGAAAACCGACACAGACGUGUUUGUCAACGUUUUUUACCUCACUGAGCUGCUUCUAAGGAAGGAGAAGGCCACUGGGUUCUUCACAGGCUUUUUAAAACUGCAUGAGUACCCCAUAAGAAGAAGAGGGAGCAAGUGGUAUGUGAGUAGGGAAGAGUAUCCAGGAAAGACCUACCCACCCUUCUGUUCCGGGACUGGAUAUGUUUUAUCCAGUGAUGUUGCCAGUCAGAUCUAUCAUGUUUCUGAGAGCGUUUCGUUCAUUAAGCUGGAGGAUGUGUUCAUAGGACUGUGCCUUGCCAAACUAAAAAUUAGGCUGGAGGAGCUCCAUUCAGAGCAGACGUUUUUUCCAGAAAGGAUCAGGUUCUCCGUUUCCCGCUUUAAGAAAAUCGUGAUGUGCCACGAAGUGGAACCAACCGAGCAGCUGAGCUACUGGAACCACUUGGUGUCAGAAAACCGUGGAGAGGUGCUCUAGCACCUUCCCUCCUGGAAUUUACACACCGAAAUGCUCUGCUUUUACAGGGCUGCUCUUGACCCCAGCAAAACUCCCAAUUAACUCCAGGUCCAGCACGUUAGAGACUUUUGAAAUGGUUAUUUUAAUCAUAGAGUUAUUAAGGUUGGAAGAGACCUCCAAGAUCAUCAAGUCCCCCCUUGGACCUUAUGAACUAAACCAUUGUACUGAGUGCCACAUCCAGUCAUUCCUUGAACACCUCUAGAGAUGGGGACUCCACCACAUCCCUGGGCAGCCCCUUCCAAGGCCUGACCACCCUUUCCAGGAAGAAAUUCUCCAUUUCUGCCCAAGAACAUGCAAAUCCCUUUCUCUCCCAUUCACUCCAUUGCAUCCCUUCUCUACACAAUUAUUAUUUUCUGGAAGAUCCAGGCCUUCAGCCCUGCCCUCCAAAUCCUGCUGCUAAAGGACUGGGAACAUUCCUGCAGUGCUAAACUUAAGUCAAAACACUUUUUGUUCAGAGACUAAAAUUUGCACCAUCCUCCUGGUGACCCCUGAUAGAUUCCUGCACCCAUCUGUGCAGGUAUUUAAGGAAUGGUAUUUGGAGCUGUCAGGAUGCUCCUCUGCUGGCAGAGGGAACCACAGCCCUGCCCUUGCAGCGGGCUCUGUGGGGGCAGAGCUGCAUCCUGGCACAGAUCCCUCCUUCAGUCUCCACACAGUUUUUUUUUUGCAGAGAUGGAAGAAUUUUCCCGUGCAAUGCUCUUGGGACAACCUUGGGGACUGCAGGUCACCUGGUGAAUGUGUAAAGUUGCUUCAUCUGUUCCCUUGGAUGUGUCUCCUGCUGAAAAUACCUGUGGUGGAGUCAGUGGAGGGUGUCUUUGAUUAAAAUAGACCCCAGAGACAUCUUUUAUAUUUGUGGCUCACUUUGAUUGCCUGAAAGCUUCUGUAAAUGGUUUCCCAAGGCUAAACUAGAGUCACUUAGGGUGAUGUAGACAUUUUUUUGCUGUGAGAAACUGGGAGAAGACGGGAGGAUUUUUGUCUUUUAAACAAGACCCAGAGGGAUAAUGUGCUCAAGUGAUCCCUCAGGCUGGGAGCCCUGUUUCUCCUUUCAUUCCCAAGCAAAGAUCAUGAAAUCUCUGGGAUGUUUGUAGAUUCCAGAGGCGAAGAAUUGAGUCUUCACAGUAGAAGAUGCGAAAAAUACUUUUGGGCUGUGAGGAGGGAGAAAGGAGUUCCUAAAUCCUGCCUUAUGCUCCUCUUUUGAUUUUCUUUCUCACACAGGAAAGGUCAGUUUUAUCAGCAAAAAGUAGCAAAUGCCUGUGAUAUGUGUGAAAUGUUUUUUUUUUUUUUUUCAGGGAGCAGUAGAAGUGGAGCUGUUCCCAAGGGGAAAGUGGUCUGGGAGCUGAGGAGAUUUGACAACUAGAAAGGCUCAUCCCCACACACCCACACAAGGGAGCAGGAGGAAAGACAGGGAAGGAGAUUUUAUUACUUUAUUUUUAUUGUUUCUUUUUAUUUUUAUGGGUGUUGGACUGUUCAGGUGUCUCUUUUUACUUGCCUGUGUCUGAAGAGCAGGACAAAUAUUUUCAGCAGGAAUAUGCCCCAAUCUGAAAAGUGUUUAGUAACAAUAAUAAUAUAUUAUUUAUUUUCUUCUGGUGUGGAGUAACCUGAGCUCAUGCACUGAUUUUUGACCACUGAUGAUGAAAAAAAAUAUAUUUAUUUGUUUGGCAGAAGAAUAACCUUCUUCAUUUUAAUCUUCUUUAUUAAACUUUAACUAUUUUAUUAAAAUAAAUGAAAUAUUUAAACAGCUCAGUUUUAUUUAAAAUUCAGCUAUUUUCUGAAUACUUUUGCUGCUGGUGAGAUGGGUCAGGCUUUUUAAUCCCUGUUCUUUCCAUGUAACCCGCAGAAAUGCCUUUUGCCAUUCAUUGCCCUUGUGCCCAAGGUGCAGGCUGGCUAUUCCUUUAAUUUAUGGAAAAAUGGUGAGCAAAAGGAAUGCUUCCUGGUCUUUCCUAACUCCCUGUCUUGUGGGAUGGAGGAUCUGUGAGCUGGGACAGCAUAAUCAGCCCGAUGUCAUCUUGGCCUCUUCUUGCUCUCAGAUAAUAAAAUAAUGAUAAAUAAUAAUAAUAAUAAUAAUAAUAAUAUAAUCCUGCAGUUGCUUUUAGGUCUCACUUCAGCUCUGUGCCUGGUGCCAGCUUUGUCCCAGCUGGCAGGACCAGUCCAGCUGUGCAAUCCCAGGGAUCUUUGUCUCCAUUUGCAUUUGGGUGUGUUGAGCUGUUCACCUCCACGGGGCGUUGACAUCCAAGAGCUGUGGUGGCUCCUGCAGCUUCUGCUCUUCCCUCAGGCUGAGGCUGUGGGAGAGGAUAAAGUUUCCCUUCAGGAGACAGCAUGUUGGGUUGUUUCCCUGGGCUAUGGCUGCUUGUGAGUGCCACUAAGAUACGUCCCACCCGAGCAGUUUGGGGCUUUGUAUCAGCAUAAAAAAAGUUACCCCUGAGGGCCAAGAUCUGCUUGACCUCUUGGCUGUGGCUUUUACUUUAGUUCAGGAGUGUUCCCAAUUACUUGGAUACAGCCACUAACUGGGAAGAUGGUGCUAUUCUCUGCAGACUCUACCACUACAUCUUUGGGGCUAAAUUCAAGAGCAAGAUGUCCCUGCCCACAGCAGGGGGCUGGAAGUAGGUGAUUUUUAUGGUCCCUUCCAACCCAAACCGUUCUGUGAUUCUAUGAAAUUCAGCUGCUCUGCUGAGGAAUAAGGUCCUCAGGAAUGCUCUAAGAAACCAUCCCAUUCUGGAUCCUGUUUCCACUGAUUAUAUGUGGCUAAGCCUCUGAUGGUCUAUCUAUAAGCAUUUUGCUUAAAUCUCUGCUGGGGAGCAAAUGAGUUAAGAUGGAAAUGUUAUGGAUUCAGGGAGCCUGUUCCUCUCCUUGCAAAGCAGCUUCCCAGCUGAAUUUGGUUGAGAACUGGCUGGUUUAGAACUGAUUUUGGUUGCUGCACAUAAUUUUUCUCCACGUCUGAUUUUCUCUGUGCUCACAUCAAAUAGAAAUCGAUUCUGUAAUUCGUAGAAUCAUAGAAUUGUUUAGGUUGGAAAAGAUCUCCAAGAUCAUCCAGUCCAACCAUCAACCCAAGACUGCCAGGUCCACCCCUAAACCAUGUCCCUUA